UCUACAUCGGACCGUCGCGUGCUCCCCGACGUCAACAAACAACAACUCUCAUAGUUACAGUAUACGAAAUUCUCCACGUAUAUACUGCCGAGAAUAUUUACAUAUUGGGUGUUUUGGUGUUUUUACUUGGUAAUUUUUGAUCUCGGUCUUAAUGGGGAUUCCUGGACUCAUCAAUGCAAUUGGGCCUGGAGAGCGCAUAUCCCUGUCAAAACUGGCAGUAACCCACCUAGAGCGAACAUCAAGGCCUAUUCGUGUUGCAGUAGACAUUUCAAUAUGGCUAUUCCAGGUGCAGGCAGGUCGCGGCGGCAAAAACCCGGAGCUACGGACUUUGUUCUACAGGUUGCUAAAAUUUUUAGCCCUACCUGUUCACCCCCUGUUUGUUUACGACGGGAAACACAAGCCGCCCUUUAAAAGAGGAAAAGCCACGGGGAGUAGUUACGGAAGUGCACCCAUCAUUGGACUUUCCAAGAUCAUGGUCGAUCUGUUCAGGUUUCCUCGUCAUGAUGCGCCGGGGGAGGCAGAAGCAGAGUGCGCCAGACUCCAGAGGGCAGGCAUCGUCGAUGCGGUGAUGAGCAAUGAUGUUGAUGCUCUCAUGUUUGGAUCAACGUUGACCAUUAUGAAUUUCUCCAAGGAAAGUGGAAGUGGCACGUCUGCUGCAACGCACGUUACUUGUUAUGAAGUGGGAAACCUUAGCUCAUCUUCAUGCUCAAGGCUUGAUCGUGCUGGCAUGAUCUUGUUUGCUAUGUUAAGCGGAGGAGAUUACCUUCCUUCUGGAGUCCCGAAGUGUGGUAGCAAGCUCGCUGCAGAAAUUGCAAGAGCGGGCUUUGGCGAGGACCUUUUGGAAGUGCUCGACUCGGAAGAAACUGAGCUCAAUAUGAAGCUGAACGACUGGAGAGAAAGGCUCCAGUAUGAGCUUGAUGCGAAUGAAAGUGGUUAUUUUCAGACCAAACACAAAGCUGUUCGAAUUCCGGAAAGCUUCCCAGACAGGACAAUACUGUCAUAUUAUGCCAGACCUGUAGUAUCAACUUCAAAGGAUCUCGAAGUUUUACAACACCGCUUAGAGAAUGCCUGGGAUCGGGAAAUUGAUGCUUUGGAACUAAGAAGAUUUGCUGCGGAUACUUUCGAGUGGAACUAUCGCUCUGGGGCAAGGAAAAUUAUAAGGUUACUUGCCGAACCUCUCGUUUCUUACCGGCUUCGUCUCCAGAAGGACUUGUCAGCGUUUCCUUUCAGGUUAUCUGAAAGCGAUGUGCCAAUGCUCAAGAAAGUUUAUAAGAGCAGGACGAGUUUCAGCACAGAUGGGUUAACAGAGCUGCAGCUUGAUUUUGUCCCUAUUGAUAUUGUUGGCUUAGAUCUGCUCGCUGAAGAACCUAACCCUCCACUUCCUCCGCAAGAAACGGCGGUUUCGGGCGAUGAGGAGGAGGACGCAGAAGUUAAUAUUGAGCCUACCCCGCAGUCACCAGCCAGGAAACGUGUCACGAAGCGAUUUGAUCCUUAUUCCUCAGAGAAAAUUUGGGUGUUUGAAACGUUGGCUACAAUAGGAAUUCCAGAAGUUGUGCAAGCUUGGAAGCAGGAAGAGUCUGAGAAGGCCUCUGCGCCUAAAAAGUCAAGUAAUAGGAAAAAAGGGCCAAAGAAGAAGGGGCCUAUAGAUCCAGGCAUGAAGAGAGGGAGUAUCCUGAAAUAUGGCACUCUCACCAAAGAAAAAUCUGAGAUCACGCAACACAAACAGGCGCAGCUCUUCGAAGCAGCAUUAUCAUCGAGGUCAACACCGAAGAAGCACAAUGCAUCGAAUGUGCAAGGUUCCCAGAGUGCUUCCAGAGAAUUGUCUAGCCAUGGCCUGUACUACCACCAGCCAACAGCCGCUUUCGAUCGAAGCCAAGAUUUUGAUCAUUUAACUGAUAUGUUGUCUUUAUGCAAUAUAUCGCCUAAUGUGGGCAUCAAACGACAUCCGGUGAAUACUCGGCCUCCUCUCAGAGGUAGACGUGGGGCUGUCCUCUCGGGCGAUUCUGAGGUAGAGGCUUUGGAGGUUUCAGGUACGGAGUCUUUGGACUGCUCUCUAUCUUCUUUGUCUCCGGGAAGAAUCCGCAUGAGCUAUUCCAAUGUUAGCUAUAAUGACCUGAGCAUAACAGACAGUACGGAUUAUGCUCCCUCUAUACAUGCGAAGUACCGCAACAGGCCAAAGCCCGAUCAAAGUAUAUCCAGAUCUCACGGCUCUCAAGGGGCCCAGAAACUGGAGCAAGCCAUGUCCUCGUUGCUUUUGGACGAUAGUAAACCACAUAGAUCUGUCAAAGAACGGUCACACUCACCGAAUAUUGCCAUCCCAGCUGCUAAGCAUCAUCUGAACAAGCCAGAGGCUAGAAACCCACAUUGUGAUUGGACUAUCCCUAAACUUCGACCGGAUGAUACCCCAAUAGAUUUGGAAGAAGUUAGUCCGCCUAGUGUUCAGGAUAUUUUACAGAAAGUGGCUUUUGGAAAGCGUGAAAUGCAAAGGAAAACUAGCGUGGGGACUCUUGCCACACCACCAGAGCCAUUCAAGAAGGACGCUUCGGAGCCUACAAAGGUGGAAACAAAGGCAGACGAUCUAAGGGAAACGAAGAACGAUGCCAACAAACCCAGUUCCCAUGCAGAAUCUGUCGUAGUGUGCGAUGGGCACUGGACAUUAGAGCCUACUCCAGAGGCUGGGAUGGCGCCGGAUGAAUCAAAAUCUGAAGUCGACAGCAAUACCACGAAUGAGAGUUCAAAGAGCCGCAGAGGCAAGAAACGAUUCCCGCGGGUGAGCAUACUGGACCUUAGUUGAAUCGACAUUUCUAGAUUGUUUGCGUGCUUUGGACUCAUGGAGUUUUAUUCCCUUGUCCUUCCGUUCUUGAGCGUUCUAA